AUGCCUCCCUUCGGACACAUCUACACAUUCACCCGCGUCCCCAACCCGCGCCUCAUGAAAAUCCAAGCAACCGCCAACCUGAACCACCUAACCCUAACCCUCCCCCCCAGCUUCACCAUGCGCAAAGACAACAAAUCCCCCGAAUUCCUCGCCGACUUCCCCAUGGGAAAGGUCCCCACCUUCCGCGGCUCCGACGGCCUCUUACUCUUCGAAUCCGAUGCCAUCACACGCUACAUAGCCGAACACGGACCCGCCAGCGCGCAACUCCUCGGCCGAACACCCACCCAACGAGCCCUCAUCCAGCAAUGGAUCUGCUUCGCUAGUAAUGAGAUCAUGGAGGCUGUGGUUCCCUGCGUGUUGUGGCGAAUGGGUAGACGGGAGUAUAAUGAGACGAUUGAGAGGGUUGCGUUGGAGAGGUUAGAGCGAGGGUUGAAUUGUUUCGAAGAGUGUUUGAAAAGGAGGAGACGGGGACAGGAAUGGAUGGUGAGAGGGGAAAGGGAGGGGGAUGAGGGGGAGCUUACAUUGGCGGAUAUAUCGCUCGCUUCGGCGAUGUAUUGGCCUUUUGCGUUUGUGGUGGAUAGGGAGAUGAGGAGGAAGUACCCAGGGAUUGUGGAGUGGUAUUUGAGGACGAUUGGGAUGGAGGGAGUAAGGGAGGCGUUUGGGGAGGUGAACUUUGUGGAGAAACGUAGAGUGCAUGGUGAUGAGGAUGAGGACACGGGUACUCUUCAGGCACUGUGA